AUGUUCAGACUUGCUAUGCGUCCGGCCAACAUGGUCAGACCCGUGUCGCUUCUAAAACCUCGCAGCAUCAAUGUUGCCCGUUCCGUUCGCUUCCAGUCAACCUCCACUAAACAAACACCUAAGGGCCUCAAGGCAUUGAUGAAAGAGUACGGAUACUCAGCUCUAGGGGUGUACUUGUUGUUGAGUGCUCUUGACUUGCCUUUGUGCUAUGCGUUGGUUCACACUGCUGGCCGUGAAAAGAUAGAGUACUACGAGAAUAAGGUGAAGCAGUACUUUGGAUACGGAAAAUCCGACGAAGAGUUGAAGAGAAUCCAGGAAAUUAACAAGAUAGAGGACGCAGCGGAGCCCCAGGAGACUACGACUGGACUCUUCUCAUGGUUCUCCUGGACAGAAUUUGCCAUUGCCUACGGAAUCCAUAAGUCGGUUUUUAUUUUUGUCAGAGUGCCCUUGACUGCGGCCUUGACCCCAACCAUCGUCAAGACUUUGCGAGGCUGGGGUUUCAAAAUUGGAAGUGACAAGUUGGCCACCACGGCCGCCAUUGCCAAGGACAACAUUGCUUCUGCGUCCAGUGCCAAGUUCGGCACUAGACCAACCAGAAAGAACAAGUGGUUCUGGUUCUUCUAA